CGUCUCUUUUUAUGACAGCGAGGGCACAAGGCGAGUGAGGAGGCGGAAUCAUCUCGGCAGUCGCUGCAUUUUGUGUGGAAGCGGCUCGGGGGUUCAUUAAUAUCAUUAGCAUUUAACCCUCUCCCGGCCCCCCUCCCCUUCCCAGCGCAGGGUGACGUCAGGAGUUGGGGGGAAAGCGAGGGAAGCUCAGUGGGCAAGGGGCGUCCCUCCGGCCCUCUCCCCUCCCCGCCGCUGCCUGUCACAGCCUCUGCCGAUAUUAUAGGGGCCGAAGCCUGGAGCUCAAAGCGCAAAGUCAGCCAGUGCAAUGAACUUCUGGAAACCUUUCCCUUUUUAUACCAUUCAGUUUCUGAGAGGCAGAGACAGCCUCCUCUGACGCCUUUUCCCCUCUUCCAUUAUUUUUCCAGGCUCUGAUCUCCCUGCUCGCUGCACCGAGGCGCUCAGCGCAGAGCCCCACUCCCCAUCCUACCUUCUCCUUCGCCUCAUUGUUGUCCUGGCUGCUGUGGCUCUCGCUUGCCUUUGCUGUGGCUCUCGCUUGCCUUCCAAGGAGCGCGGUGGCGAGCCCACUCACAUCCCCCUGCAGCCUUCCAGGGUCCCGAGAGUAUUUGCUCGCAGGGGGGCAACGAGUGGCUGCCGACUUUGGGUCAUUUCGUUGCCUUUUUUUUUUUUUCUUUUCCUUUUUCUUCUUCGUUUUGCCUUUUUUUUUUUUCCUUUUGCACCCUUUCCCCCUUCCCCAUUCCCCCCACCUUGCCGCGUCCCCACAGUGCAUCCCCGUCCCUCCGAAGGACAUCACUGGGGAGUGGGGCAGCUGCGAGGAUGUGCCGGUCCCAGCGACGGAGCCAGCAGUGAGAGCCUGAGGGAGGCACCUGCCCGGAGGAGCAGCCUCACCGGCGGCGGUGGGGGGGUGGGACACGACGACGGGGGGGCACCGCACCCCCUCGCCCCGGCGCUGACACUUCGCCCCGAGUUUAACGACUCCCGGUGGCUUCGAGCAUGAGCAAGCCGGCGGGAUCAACAAGUCGCAUUUUAGACAUCCCUUGCAAAGUGUGUGGGGACCGCAGCUCCGGGAAACACUAUGGGGUUUACGCCUGCGAUGGGUGCUCGGGAUUUUUCAAGCGGAGCAUCAGGAGGAACAGGACCUACGUUUGCAAAUCGGGAAACCAGGGAGGCUGCCCAGUGGACAAGACGCACAGGAACCAGUGCCGGGCCUGCCGCCUGAAGAAGUGCCUGGAGGUCAACAUGAACAAAGACGCAGUGCAGCACGAGCGGGGUCCCCGGACGUCGACGAUACGGAAGCAGGUGGCUCUCUACUUCCGUGGGCACAAGGAGGAGAGCGGCAGUGCCCCACACUUCCCUGCCACCGCCCUGCCGGCACCUGCCUUCUUCACCGCUGUCUCCCAGAUGGAGCCCCACAGCCUGGAGUUGGCUGCUGUCACCAGCACCCCAGAGAGGCAGGCUCUGGUGGGCCUGGCACAGCCUACCCCAAAGUACCCACACGAAGUCAACGGCACCCCCAUGUAUCUCUACGAAGUGGCCACUGAAUCCGUCUGCGAGUCAGCAGCCAGGCUUCUGUUCAUGAGCAUCAAGUGGGCCAAGAGCGUCCCAGCCUUCUCCACCUUGUCCUUACAAGACCAGCUGAUGCUUUUGGAAGAUGCUUGGAGAGAACUGUUUGUUCUAGGAAUAGCACAAUGGGCCAUUCCAGUUGAUGCUAACACUCUACUGGCUGUAUCUGGCAUGAACGGUGACAAUACAGAUUCUCAGAAGCUGAAUAAGAUUAUUUCAGAAAUACAGGCUUUACAGGAGGUUGUAGCUAGAUUUAGGCAGCUUCGGCUAGAUGCUACUGAAUUUGCCUGUCUCAAAUGCAUUGUCACUUUCAAAGCUGUGCCUACACACAGUGGUUCUGAAUUGAGGAGUUUCCGAAAUGCUGCUGCCAUUGCAGCCCUGCAAGAUGAAGCCCAACUCACUCUGAACAGCUACAUUCACACCAGGUAUCCCACCCAACCCUGUCGCUUUGGAAAGCUUUUAUUGCUUCUACCAGCUUUACGUUCAAUUAGUCCAUCUACGAUAGAAGAAGUGUUCUUCAAAAAGACCAUUGGGAAUGUACCAAUCACAAGACUGCUUUCAGAUAUGUACAAAUCCAGUGACAUAUAAAAUGACCUUCAAAUAAACCAGCAGGAUGGACAGUUUUGAGAAGAACUUUCACCUAUGGAGAAUAAGCCUCAACUAACAAAGCCUACAGGAAGCAUAAGCCUGGAAAGAUUUAGCCUUUAAACUCAUUCACAAAACAAAAAGUAUAUCCCGGUAGAUGCAAUUCUGCUGCUCUGAAGAGAGUGAUUUAGAUCAUGGAGAGAAUGCUUUGUUCUACAGAAAAAGUGAAAAGUGGCUGGGAUUUGGCUGCUAUUCCUCUUACUACAGGAUGGAGGCAAUUCAGAUGCCAGUCACAGUUAACAAAGACUCUGCUAUUCUCUCAUUUAACUGGCAGAUCUGAGAUGAAAUCUAGGGGGAGGGGAAAAGGUACUUCAGUUUGUUCAGUAUUUGGAACUGGGUGACCAAACUGGCCUUCUGUGUAAGAUGAGAUGCAGUGGCCUUCAGAACUGUUUUAAAAGUAGCCUAUGUUGGGAAAAUGUUUUUAAUAUGAUAGGCAACAUUUAAGACCAGGUUACCAAAACACUGCUUCUGCUGUAAUACAUCAUGAAGUGGCCUUCGGAACUGAUUCAAAGUAGCUUAUGACGGCAGCUCCGCUCUUCCUGCGAGAUGAACUGGUGAGCUCUGAUCGGCACAUCACCACCAUUUGUUUGGUUUAACAUCUCAAAGACAAGAGCUUUAUACAUUUCCUCCUUGACCUUCCAAACAGACAAACACUCACACACACACAGAGCCCCGAGUCAAGAAAGGAAGACUGAAACAGCAAAACCAAAUACAAUGGAGAUGAGCGCUUCAGUGACCUGCUGGCUGUCCCCUUGGCACAGUGCUGAAACCAAAGGCAACAGUGGCCAAACUCCUUGUCAAUGAGAUGUGCAGAGAAGGGAAAUGACUAUUAAUAAAGGAAAAAUAAAUCAAUGGAAGGAAUUUUAUUUCAAAGAAAUAAAGGUUGUUGACUGAUACAAUGCUAACAGUUUCCAAAAGUCUCCAAUGCCUUCUUAGAAAACUCCAGGUUCUAAUUUUGAAGCCUUGUUCACCUACACACCAACGUUGUAAGCUGCUUAUUUGAUGUAUGAAAAGAUGUAGGAAAAAGAAGAAAAAAAAAAAAAACAUUUUAAGAUAGCUGCUGUACUUUUCAAAUUUUGAUUUGUUAUUAGGAACUAGCACUGAGGGGGGGAAAAAUAAAUCAGCACUUGGACUAUCAUAGAAUGAGUAAAACUUUCCCUGUACAAAGUGGAUUAACUGAUUUGUGAAGUUAAAAAGUUGUACUCAUUGUAUUUACAAAGAAUAAAAAAUAUAUUGAAUUUAAA